UGUAAUUAGAAUGAAACCAGGGAAAACGUAAUCUGAUUGCGCCGGAAGCGAGCUAGAACCUCAUCACGCUGAGCUGGCUCUGUCUGGUUUCGAGUACCUAGCUGUGUCUCUCCGGAUUUGUUGUUGUAGAAGCCCGUGUAACAAGGGAAGAAGUCUUCUGGUUUCGCAUAUUCACGGGCGCAACAUAUUGCCAACUAGCAUCACUUUUGCAUUGAAAUACGACGUUGGGGAUCCAAAAUUAAUAUAUUGACAUGAUGGAGUCUGCAAAUCAAGAUGUUAACCUGAACUCUCCCAACAAAGGCCUGGGGGUGGACUCUCUGACGGACGUGCCGGUGGGCGGAGCCACCAGUAAUGCUGCCAGCCCUGUAGUGCCACCUGGCCUGACUGAGGAGGAGGCAGAGGAGCUGAGGACUGAGCUUACUAAGGUGGAGGAGGAGAUAUACACCUUGCGGCAGGUGCUGUCUGCCAAAGAGAAACACUCGUGCGAGCUCAAGAGGAAACUGGGCCUAAGUCCCCUGAAUGAGUUCAAACAGAACGUCGCCAAAGGCUGGCAGGAUGUCCAGACCUCCAAUGCCUAUGUGAAAGCCACUGAGAAACUUGGGGAGUGGAAUGAGAAAGUUUCCAGUUCUGAUUUAUAUCUUUCAGCUUCAGCAACUUUGGAGGACAUAAGCCAUAGUGAAGCGUACAAGAAGACUCAGGAAACACUAACUCAGGCCAGUCAAAAGACGUCUGCUGCCCUGUCCACCAUGGGCACAGCCAUAAGCAAGAGAUUGGGAGACAUGAGGAACUCCCCAACGUUCAAAUCCUUUGAGGACAAAGUUGGAAAUAUCAAGUACAAGGUUGUGGGCGCCCGAGGCAACGGGGAAGGAGUCGCGUCCCCGACUGAAACGAAACCAGUUCAGGACAAUGCUCCUUUCUGAAGCGCCUAUCCGCCAGACUGUGCCGCCACUGCGUCGAGUGAAGCCCCACCCCUCCCCAUCCGCACACACCCUACACUACAUACGCUCUCUCAGCUGAUCUCCCCUCCACUUCCUUCCUCUCCUCCUCAUCUCCUAAAGCAUGGCAUAUCCCCCUUUCAUUGUACAAAUACUAUACUGCUAGGAAAAGUAGGGUUCUAUCAUAUCACCACAAGUUGUAAAAAUGUUUAACCAUUUUGUAUUAUAAACUAUUUUACACUGCUUUGCAUAAUGUUUUUACAUAACUUUUAUCAAUAUAUAAAUAUAUAUAAAUAUAUAUUUAAACAGUACUGCCACCUGGCAUUCAUUCGUAGGUAGGGGGACUCAAAAGAAAAACCAAAAAAAAUCUUUAAAAAUGUGAAAUGGAUUUAAAAAUAUGAUGCGUAAAAUAUCAGUUUUGUAUCCAAAAUCCUCCCAUGCUGAGCAAAUGUUUGAUUUUUUUUUUUUUUUUUUAACACACAAAUACAAUGUGAAGCAAUGUUAUGCUGUGCACCAGGUGAAUGUGGAAACAAUCUCUCAAGCCUUAUACAAGUUCACACUUGAAAAGACAGCUGAAAGAAUUCUGCCAUUGUUUUUGUUUUUUUCAUGUUGGAGUGAUGAAAGGGAUAUAAGGCCAGCGCUUGUGUUAUUGUAGGUUCAGAUGCAUGCUUUGUGCCAUAUUUAGAAAAGAUAGACCACCAUGUAGAGAGCUGCCAUUUUAAUAAUGAACACAGCCCACCCUUUCCGUACCAGUGCCAUCCGUGCCGAGUUAUGCUGGAUCUCCAUUGUGCACUUACGCAGCCUGUUCACUGGUGAAGCGAUACCAGGGCUUCUAGCAAGCCGUUUGUAACAUUAGUGAAAUGCACCUAAGGGCUGGACACAAGUUACAGUCCGUUUGGUAGCACAGUCACUUUUUUAUUUUAUUUAUCCUUGUUAUGUUUCCUUUAUUUGUGUGUCAUGGAUUGCUUUUAUAGGUCACAUUUGUUAGGUAGUGUAAUUCAUUUCUUGUGGUAUUUUGGUGAUUUCAGUUUCAUUGAAAACCUGCUGCCAAUAUUUGUUGACUGUUCUAGUUACUAAUGUCCUUGUACAUAAUCCACUUAAAUUUGGCAAAUUAACAAGAAAAGGCAGAUUUAUCCUUAGUUUAUAUAGAGCUGCAAUUGACAUUAAUAAAACGUGAACACUAUGGGAAUUAGAGGGUGGAAAAAAAUAUGUAUUAACGAUUAACUGCAUUCUAGCUUAUGUAGACACCAUGAAAAUAGCUUUAACAUGUUAAGCAUAGAUGUAGAAAUUAAAGGGAUCAGAUUGUUUGAAUUGGAAGCAAUUAUUUUGUUUCUGUCAUAUGUUUGAAUAUCAAUAAAGCAUUCCUUUAAAAA